UAAAGCAGCUGUGCAGCAGAAAGCCGACUGCUGGGACUGGUAGAGUCUGCAAAAGAGCAUGCCAUCUUUAUUUACACCCAUCGAAGAAUGGCCAUUACAGCUGAGGAUGUGUCACUUGAAGACAUCAUGCCCAUUUCCCUCGAUUUUUCCGUGGUUGAAGUUUCCUCACCAGAACAGCUCGUGGUUGUGGGCUCAGAUACCCGAGUGAGAAUGAGCUUCAAGGAUGAAGAAUUGGAGCUCAGGCUUCCGUUCGGGUCCCACUCGCGCCUCUUCCUCUGCGAAGUCAACAAAGCGUGGAGUGAUGCUUGCAGGUCGCCCACACAGGUCCCCAAGUUUGAGUGGCUCAACAAGUACAAGAAAGCCAUCAAAAGCCAGGCGGCUGUGAAGCAAGCCGGCACGCCGCUGGAGGCGUUUUCCGAUCCAGUCAACCAGCACCAGAAAAUAGAGAAGCCGUCGGAGAAAAAGGGAUCUUUAGAAAAGGCGAAGAAUUCUAACAGCGUCACACAGAAGUCCAAAGGGAAUCCCAGCCAAGAUAACCAGAGCAUAUCAAGUCGAGAGGAGCGGGAUGAUCUGGUGCGCUCGUCCAGCCACACCGCGUCAAACAAAGCUCAGAUUCUGGCCAUGCCACAAUUCGGCCUGCGCGACAAUCUCAUCAGGUGCGAGCUGCUGAAGAGUGAGGACUUGUACACCUAUCUGGAGAAUUUCAGCUUCUUUCUUGGCACCUACAAUGUGAACGGACAGAACCCAAAGGAGAGCCUCCGUCCAUGGCUGAGCUGCACUCUCAAACCUCCCGACCUAUACUGCGUGGGUUUCCAGGAGCUAGACCUCAGCAAAGAGGCCUUUUUCUUUAAUGACACCCCCAAAGAGCAGGAGUGGACGAAGGCUGUGUCUGAGGCUCUGCAUGCAGACGCUCAGUACGCCUUGGUGAGGUUGAUCCGUCUGGUGGGCAUCAUGCUGAUCUUCUAUGUGAAGAAGGAGCAUGCAGAGUUCAUCUCUGAUGUGGAGGCUGAGACUGUGGGCACAGGCAUAAUGGGAAGGAUGGGAAACAAAGGAGCCGUGGCGAUCCGUUUCCGCUUCCACAACUCCGACAUCUGCGUCGUCAACUCUCACCUCGCUGCACACGUUGAAGAAUACGAGAGACGCAAUCAGGACUUCAAGGAUAUUUGCAGUCGUCUCCAGUUCCGGCAGCUCGACCCAACACAACCUCCACUCACCAUUAUGAAGCACAACGUUGUUUUAUGGAUCGGGGACCUCAACUACAGAAUCAGUGACCUGGACGUCGAAAGUGUGAAAGAUCUAAUCACCAAGAAAGAUUUUGAGACACUUCACUCUUAUGAUCAGCUCAAGAGACAGAUUGAUGAGGAGGCUGUGUUUGUUGGCUUUGCGGAAGGAGAAAUUGAUUUCCAGCCCACCUACAAAUAUGACACCGGUUCGGAUCAGUGGGAUACAAGUGAGAAAUGCCGCAUCCCUGCAUGGUGUGAUCGUAUCUUGUGGAAAGGGAAGAACAUCCAGCAGGAGCAUUACCAGAGCCAUAUGGAUGUAAGGGCCAGUGACCACAAGCCUGUCAGCUCCUUGCUCAUCAUUGGGAUCAAAAGAGUAAAUAGUGAAGCCUACAAGAAGACCUUUGAAGAGAUUGUACGAAAUAUAGACAAAAUGGAGAAUGAGUGUAUUCCGUCUUUAAGCUUGUCCCAGCGAGAGUUCCACUUUAAGGAUGUGAAAUUCAUGCAACAUCAGGCAGAGCGCCUGAGCCUUUUCAAUGAUGGGCAGGUCCCAUGUCAGUUUGAAUUCAUCCAGAAGCCGAAUGAAUCCACGUACUCCAAGCCCUGGCUCACAGCUAACCCCUCCAAAGGCUUCAUUCCUCAGGGUGGUUCUACGGUCAUUGAGCUGGAGGUCUUCGUAAAUCGCUCCACAGCACCAGAUCUAAACUGUGGUAAGCAGGAGAUCGAAGAUAUUCUGGUACUGCAUUUAGAGCGAGGCAAGGACUAUUUCAUUUCGGUAACGGGAAACUAUAUGCCAAGCUGCUACGGUACUUCGAUCUAUUCACUGUGUCACAUGAGGGAACCCAUUCAAGACAUGCCAAAAGAGACCCUUCUUGAGCUGGCUGAAAAGUCUCCAAAAGACGAUACAGCAACCACUGAAAAGCCUCUUGACAUUCCUAAAGAGCUUUGGAUGAUGGUGGAUCAUUUAUUCCGCAAUGCUCUCAAUCAGGAGGAUUUAUUUCAGCAACCUGGACUUCGGACUGAAUUUGCUGAAAUAAGAGAUUGUCUUGAUUCAGGGAUGCCAGAUUCUCUUCCGGGUAGCAACCAUUCAGUGGCGGAAGCCCUUCUUCUCUUUUUAGAUGCCCUCCCAGAGCCUGUGAUUCCCUACGCUUUUUACCAGCAGUGCCUUGAAUGCUGCGCCAAUGCAGGCCAGUGUGAGAAAGUUAUUUCCAUGCUACCUCUGUGCCAUAAAAAUGUGUUCAACUAUUUAGCAGCCUUUCUCCGCGAGCUCUUAAAGAACUCCGCAAGCAAUCGAUUAGAUGUUGCCAUUUUAGCCACCAUUUUUGCCUCGUUGCUCCUGAGGUCGUCGAAGAAGCAGGAUUUUGCCGAAAAGACGAAAACACAGGAGUUCUUUCAGCAUUUCCUGACCCAACAUUCCUCCUAGAUGCAGAGUUGAUCUAGUUUGCUAAAGCGGAACACUAAAAGAAAAAAGUCCAGUAUUUGAAAUUAACUGUAAUGAUUUGUUUUUUAGCACAUUUGUGUAUAGCAAAGUAGUGUAUUUACAUUAAAGAGAUAACGAUUUUAAUUUGAACACGUUUUGUGAUCCAAUUAUCACUGAUUAUUGUAGAUCUGUAGAAGUCUAAAAGUUUUAAAUGUAUAUUUUAUUUAAAGAAAAACUUGUAUUUUAAUGUUUUUUAUAUUAAAAUUGUUUUAAAAUCUU